CUGAACACGAGCAUCUUGACAUUUUAUGGGGUCCAGGAGCCUCCGCCGUGCAUGGCUGAAUGAAGAGAAAAUAUUUAAGACUUCCGAGUGCACUCUUGUUGUCCCACACACACAAAAAUCUCUCCUACCGCGCGCGGCGUUUGCUUCUCACGAUGGCGACACCCAAGAUACUUCGCAUCAUCGCUUGGCCAUUUCUCGCUAUAUUAAAUCUCACAAUCAUGAUCAUCAUCUUCCCGAUCGCCGCGGUCUACGGAGCAGUCUAUUUCUGCCUCCACCCGUCCGCUAAUGCUCGGAUGCGGCGGCGGUAUAUGCCUCCGGUACAAACCUACCUCGAUCACUUCCAGCGUCUACAUCCGGACCUGAUGGAACGAAUUUCACAGCACGCGUCUCAGGAUCGCGAGGGCUGGGUUGAUAGGGAACUAGAGAUGUGGCCGAAUUCCGCAAAGGGGUUCUUCCGGUGGUCUGUCGCGAAUCAUGAGUCUUGUCCCGCGGCAAUUUUGUUCGCGGGACUGGAGCAUGCGGGGUGGUCGCGGAAGGUUAUUUGGGACUUACUGCGAGAUCAAGUUGAAGGAGCUGGGUUAGUGAACGAGGAGGAGAAAAGGGCAUUCGCGCGGGCCAUGUCGACGAUGUGUGAUCACCAACUGACUGAGAAAGCAGCAGCGAUGCUUCGCUGGAGUCAGCGACAUGGAUUUUUGAACCAACAGGAGGCGGUCACCCUACCCGAGAUGGAUAUUGAGAGUGGGCAGCAGGUAGUCGAAGCCUCGGCCGAUUCGUUGGCCUGGAUCUUGGAAGAAGGAAAGGUCGUAAGACUCCCGCGCACAAUCACCGGCCAGGAACUGGUUCGGAUGGUUAAGCUGGAAGCGGAGUUCAGCACGGUUUGGGGAUAUACGUCGGAGCCAGCCUCGAUGAGACCCCGAUACUGGCAGACCUUAGACUUUCCAGACGAGGUCUUGGAUGAUUAG